AUGCCUCAGGCAGCCGCACUCCAGAACUUCGUUCGGUCCAUCCGACUCUCUACUCAUCCCCCCCCACCAUCCUUCCACUCGACGCCCCCGUUCCUCCCUCUUCCUCCAUUCGACCAAAGAGGCAUGUCUUUCUUUGGAUUCGAUACCUCCCUCCCUAGGGAUCGCGGUCGCGGCCCUGGGGCCAAGGGCUUCUUCGAGAACUCGGAUCCCUUCGCGCAAGUCGCUUUGGCUGAUAAGUUUGUGGAUGGUGAUGCUGUUGACUUCGAAGAUACCUACGACGGCCUUGGCGACCAGCUCGAUGACGAUCAAGACGAGUUCAACGACGAUACCUUCGGCGGCGGCGGCGGCGGCGGCGGCAUUGGAGAGGCUGCGCCCGUCGGUAGAGAUUUUGAUUUCUUUGGAAGAACUGCUGGUGUUGCCGAUGCCAUUGGAGAAGAGCAGGUUCGCUAUAGCUUGCAGAACCCUCAGUCCGCUCCAGCACCCGCCCAGAGAGCUCCCCCGCCGGCAACGGAUCCCACCGAGUCGACCUCUAGGCGCACGGGCUACGAGAAGUACUCUGAACCUGGAUAUAUCCCUGAUCUGCAAGCGAAAUCGAGCGUUUGGGCGCAGAAGGUCGAACCGAGCCCCGCCCCCGCCCCGGCCCCGGCACCGAGCCGCAAGAUAAUGAGCCUGGAGGAAGUCGAGGCACUUGAGGCACAGAUGCGCCGCGGUCAGCCUGGUGGAAGACUGCCUCCGCAGCAGAUGCAGCAGAUACAGCAGAUGCAGCAGAUGAUGGCCGAUCCGUAUCAACGUCACCCUCAACAAUUCCCGACGCUUUCUGAUGGCUUCCACCAGCUGCCCCCGGAGUUGCAGGCGCAGCUUGAGAAAGGGGGUAUGCCACCUCCGCCCCCAGGGAUGCCAGAGCUCUAUGGCGGACCUGGACCUGCUAUUCCUCCCGGUGCCCCAUUCUUGCAAAAUAACCUCCCUCCCCAGAACAUGCCUCCCCAGCCCUCUCGUCAUGCCGGUCUGCCCCAGGGUCAGCGGCCGCAGCAUAUGGAGCAACAGCUGCCGCCCCCGAGCAGCCGCGCACCGAACAAUGGCCUGCCGGUUAUUACUAACCCGCAGCAGCUUCUGCACCUGACUGAGGAGCAGCGCAAUGCUUACCUAGUUGAGGACGCGAAGCGGGCGAAGCGCAACCACAAGAUUGCCCUCCUUUCCAGAGGCAACGGCUUGAUGACGCCCCAGGACAAGAACUUUAUCACGCGAAUCCAAUUGCAGCAAUUGGUGGCCGCGGCCGGUAACGUGGCAGACGCCGAUCCCGAGGCUGUGUUGGCCGAGGACUUCUACUAUCAGGUCUACAGCCAGAUUCGUGGAGCGCCCCGCCAGCACCCCCACCAGCCUCUUGGCCACUUUGCCCAGACCUAUCUGCUCCAGACCGGAAACCGUCUCGGUGGAAACCGACACCGAAACCCUUUGCAGGGCGCGGACAAUCACAUGCAGCGGAUGCAGCAGCAAGUCCAGCGCGCUGUUGAGGCUGCCAAGGCCAAGCCCAAGAACAAGCAAUUAAUCAUUGAGGGAAGUUUGGGCAAGAUCUCCUUCAGCAACGCCAAGGCGCCGAAGCCUAUGCUUAACAUCAAGCGUCCCGAUAGCUCGGAAGGACCUCGUCCCAAGAAGGUGCAAUCGGAGCUUAGCUUGAGCGACCGCAAAUCCAUUCUCACCAAUAUUGAGCGUGUUUAUAGCGCCCUGAUGUCUAUGGAGGAUAUGGAGCGCACGAUGCCGCCGCCACCGGAAGAGGGUGAUGCAGAAGCGAUCCAGAAGCAUAUGGAAUGGCGUCAGGAGCUCCACGGACUCAACCAGAAGCUCUGGAAAGCGCUGAAGGUUAUGGAGCCCAUUGUACCCAACUCCACCACCCCCCACCCCUUCAUCGCCUUCCUGUCCCACGCCAAGGGCAAAAAGGCCAUCCCGCGCAUCUUCCGCCACAUCGACCAGGAACAGCGCGUAACUAUCCUUACCAUGAUCGUCGUGCACCUGGACAGCUUGGACGUGGUGCGCCUUGCACAGUCCAUGCCCGGUGAGGCCCAGCCCUCCAUGGCUGUGCGCGAAACCAUUGACCUGUUCUCGCUGGCCGUCAUGCCGAGCUUGCUCCAGUAUGUCAAUGAGGCACCAUUCAACAUUAUCAUCGGUCUCCUGGGCCUGGUCAUUGCGCAGACCCACGUGCAGAGCGUGGCUCGCACCAAGGUCGGACUAGGCAUCCUGACCAUGCUCCUGAGUCGUGCGGAGCUGGUCAAGGAGGCUGGCCAGGCACCCGAGCGUGACUGGCAGCAGUGGGUUGAGAAGUUCAACGUGCUCUUCGACACCCUGGAGCCCGUCCUAGCCGAUAUCUUCCCCGGCUCGAUCAACUCGGGCGACGACAUGUACGUCUGGCAAUUCCUUGCCGCCGUGGGUAUCGGUGCCAGCCCCGAGCAGCAGCAGCGCCUGGUCAUUGCUGUCAAGGACCGCGUCAUGGAAACCGUGGGUUACAGCAAGAGCCUCCCUGCAGACAUGGCCAGCCAGCGAUUGGGCAACGUCAACCUAUUUAUGCGGGCCAUCGGAUUGGACGUGGAGCUUCUUGGUUAA